AUGCCUUCUCUUCCAUUCAGCGCUUCUUCCUCGCCCGUAUCUUCGCCCAGCUCAUCGCCGGCGCCGUCGAUAGUUCUUCAUCCCGCAUCGGGCGCUUCAGCAAGGAAGCCAAUUCACACUUCGAAAGAGGACGCUGCGGACGCCUACCGCAACCGCUACGCACAAUACCUCGCCUGCACCUUCAACAUAUCGAUGCAAGCUGCGCUGGCCGAAGCCGACAAUCUGUUGGCUCCCCAGCGUCGCUCAUCGAGUGUCUCCGAGGCCGAGUCUCUACGAGAAAUCUGA